AUGGCGCCUCCUCCAUUCCAGCUGACCUGGUCCCCCGGCUUGGUAUCAGUCAGGGGACUCCUCGCUCCAGCCAAGAGCAAACGGGCACAGCCCUCAGUCAUGGCUGACUUGCAGCACCGGCCCUGCACCUGGCUGGGCCAGGGCCCAGGGGCUCAGGCCACGCUGCGGGAUCUUGAAGAGACCUUGGAGACCCGUCACCUCCUCGGACGAGCGAGGAGCCAGGGCAGACAGAGACCAGGAACGCGUGUGCCCCAGCCAGAGGCGGUGUCCACCCUGCUCCGCCUGCCUGUCAGGACCCUCCGGGAAGCGCAGACCCCUGACUCCCCGCAGCAGACGGCUACUGGGUUCCGCCACUGGGGCUCGCUGUGUGGCCACGAUAAUCGGCCAGCUCAGCCUGCAGGCUCUACGAGGCAGGGGAAGGGAAGCAGAGAAGACUCGGUGCUGCCAAGCGACACACAAGCGACCGCCCAGACCUGCCGGCCCAGCCCACCCGCCUCUCCCUUUCCUUCCAGUGACCGACCGCUCAGGCCGAGAGGGCUGCGCAGCCGGCCCCACGCCCAGCGCCUUUCUGGGCCUGGACAAGGAAGACAAAGACACAGGGAACGGAGCGGAUGCCACCUGGGCCAAGACACCCUGCAGCUCUUCAGCUGCCGAGAGCCUAGGGGGACAAUCGGGAAGUCCUUGCCCAAGGGACUCCUGUGUACUCCGUGCACAAGGUGGCCCGCUGGGAGUGUGUCCAACCCCAGUCGAAACCUGCUCAAGGAAGAGACAGCGUUUCACAGACGGGACUCGAACGCGCCUGCGCACUGGGGCGCUGCAGCCUAAGACGCUGAGGGCACGAGGACAGUGACUGCGACGAACCAGCCCGAGCAGGAGGACUACAUCUCAUGUCAGGUCUCCUCUAACCAGGGGCCCGGGUCGCCCCCAGUGUCCUGCGGCUCCAGCAGUGCCAGGGAACACCCACAGGAGGCAGCUCCUUCCCGUAGCCGGACUCAGCCUCUGAUCCGGCUGCUAGGAGGGUUUGGCGACCUAGGGAAAGCGUGUGUUCCCUGGGUGGGGACUCUCAGGGUGACGAUUCUGCCAGUCUGGGGACGGGGGUAUCUGGGGAGGGGGCGUGACACAUACCCAAAGGGAGAGCAGGACUCAGCUAAAGAUUCUCUCUGCUGCUCUUAGGCUUGGAGAAGAGGAAAAUAGGGGAAAUACCUUCCUUCAACAGAAAACAAAAGCCUUAAAUGAAUAAAACCAAAUAUGUUUAAAUCUGAGACCUGUCAGGGCUGCCAUGUGUCACAGCACUGCGUGCAAACGGAAACGCAGAGAAGAAGCCCCCUGAGAGUGGCAGGGCGGGCACUUCUGCCCGU